AUGGUCUUAUGCCUCGACGGUGCCUACCUCUACCGCACCCCCACCAAAGCCACCAUGUCCUUCACAGUCCAUCGACAGUCAGUUAUGCCAGAUCCUCACCCCCUAAAACAAACGACAGAGAGUGUCACUACACCUAACGUAGCAGUCUUGCCAAAUGGAGACCUCGGGAAGAGGGCAGGUGGAUGUGUUUAUCCUUCCUUAUGCAGCUCAAGAGCUCGUGGGCAGCUGGUGGCUGUGAGCCAGCCUGGGGUGUGUCGCUAUGGUUCUAGGUUGGAUUGCUGUUAUGGCUGGAGAAAGAACAACAAGGGCCACUGUGAAGCUAUCUGUAGACAUGGCUGCAAGUAUGGCGAGUGCAUGGGACCAAACAAGUGCAAAUGCUUUCCUGGAUUUACAGGGAAAACCUGUAAUCAAGAUCUGAAUGAAUGUGGACUGAAACCACGUCCCUGUGAACACAGAUGUAUGAAUACCCAUGGCAGCUACAAAUGCUAUUGUCUCAAUGGGUACAUGCUUAUGCCAGAUGGCAAAUGUGCAGGCUCUAGGACAUGUACCAUAGUAAAUUGCCAAUAUGGAUGUGAAGAGGUCCAAGAGGAGGUACGGUGUCUUUGUCCAUCAGGUGGCCUUCAGCUGGGACCGAAUGGAAGAACAUGCAUUGAUAUUGAUGAAUGUUCCACUGGCAAAGCUGUUUGCUCUUACAACCGCAGAUGCGUCAACACGUUUGGAAGCUAUUAUUGCAAGUGUCAGCUUGGUUACGAACUGAAAAAUGUCAGUGGCCAUUACAACUGUGUAGAUGUAAACGAAUGUGUGGCAAAUACACACAAGUGUAACGUCCAUGCAGAGUGCCUCAAUACACAGGGAUCCUUCAAAUGCAAAUGUAAACAGGGCUACCGAGGAAGUGGAUUUGAUUGUUCUGUUAUCCCUGAGAAGUCAGUGAAGGAAAUUCCAAGAAUCCCUGGAGCAGUUAAGGACACAAUUAAGAAACUUCUUGCACAUAAAAAUAGCGUGAAAAAACAUGAAGCAAUCAAGAAUGUGAUCCCAGAACCAGCCAUGACACCAGCUUCUAAGACCCACUUGCAGUCAUUCGACUAUAAGGGUGGUGUUUAUCUUGGUGAGAGCUAUGCUGAGGAAGAGACUGAAGUUACUAGAGAAGAGGAGACAGAAGAGGCAGAAGAGGAGAAAGAAGAUUUUGAGAAUCAGAUUGACCAUGAGCAAAGCCUUAGAGGAGAUGUCUUUUUUCCCAAGGUUAAAGAAGCAGCUGCCAUUGGUCCUCUUCUGGCCCAGAGGAAAGUUCCAGUAUCAACACUAGAGCGAGAAGUUGAUUGCAGCUUCAGUCGGGGGGUCUGCCACUGGAAACAAGAUACUGAUGACGACUUUGACUGGAAUCCUGCUGAUCGAGAUAGUGGUGAUGGUUACUACAUGGCAGUUCCAGCCUUUGUUGGGCACCAGAAGGAUAUGGGCCGUCUAAAACUUCUCCUUACUGACCUCAAACCAAAGAGCAGCUACUGCUUGAUUUUCAGUUACCGGCUUGCUGGUGAGAGAGUGGGAAAGCUUCGGGUGUUCAUGGCCAGCAAAAAAACUGCUCCUGUCUGGGAACAAAGCAAAGGAAAAGAUGAAAGGUGGAGAACUGGCAAAAUAGAAAUAUUUCAGGGGGCUGAAACAACCAACAGUAUCACCUUUGAAUCAGAACGUGGGAAGGGCAAAACUGGAGAAAUUGGAGUGGAUAAUGUUAUACUAGCUUCUGGUCUUUGCCCCGAAGAGACCUGAUAAUCGAGAUUUCAGUAUGUUGUUUUCAAUCCUAUUUUAAUAUUUGCCUUACUAGUCGUGCAUUUUUUAUCGUUCUCUAGAUAAAAAACAAAAACGAAAAACAAAACCAAAAACUGUGCCUUGAACUUAAUGCAGCAAUGCAAACAGAAAAACUGACAUGUGCAAGAUGCAGAAUAUCCUUAUUGGUAUAUCUUUUUAUAUGAAUUAUUCUAAUACAUGUUUUGAGUGUAGCACUACUGUAUUUUUUCAUUCAAGAUCAGGGUUUAUAAAGUAUUAAAAUACUUUCCUAGCCUUUCUACAGUCGGUAAGCUUUUAUUCCUUGAAGUUCUUCUCAAGACUAUUUUUAAGUCUUCUAUUUCAUUUCUUCUACUUCACAAAAAUUUAAAGCAGUAUUUAAGACGUUGUUACCAUGUCAGGUGAUGUAACUUUAACUUCCUACUUAGUGUGUAGAUAUUAAAUCUAUUCAACAAGUAAGAGGAAAGAGAGGAGGUUUUCUUCCUCCUCUGUGGAGGUAAGCAAGUUCUAAGUGGAAUG